UACGAAUUAAUUCAAAAGAAAAAACAUAAAUAGAUAGUAACUUUUAAUAAAAUAAUAUAUAGUAAAUAAAUAUAUAACUUUUGUUAAUAUAAGUUAUAGUCAUUAUUACUUUAUUGAAUGGAUCCGUUAGAGAGCGCGCUACAAUCAAUGGAGAGUGACCCGUUAAAAAAUGAAAUUUCUGACAACCCCGUAGAUCUUGAUCCUCCCGUGGAAGGAUCCAAACCGAAGACCCCCAAAGCGAAAAAACGGAAGAAACCCAAAGAUAGUACGGCCCCUAGGCAGCCCCUGACUGGUUACAUCAGAUACUUGAAUGAUCGAAGGGAGGCAGUAAGAAGUGGUAAUCCAGCCCUGUCUUUUGCUGAAAUUACGAAAAUUUUAGCGAGUGAAUGGAGUAAUUUACCUGUGGACAAAAAACAGCUUUAUUUGGAUGCUGCUGAGCAAGAUAGAGAAAGGUAUACUAAAGAGUAUGAAGCUUAUAAGCAAACGGACGCUUAUAAGCAGUUUGUUGGACAACAAAGUGGAAAGAAGAAGGAUGGAAAAGAAAAAGAGGAAAAGCCCCCUAGUAUACAAAUUCCAAAUCAGCCAACCAAUUCUAUACCAGGCACCAAGGAUAUCCAGGAAAUGGACUUUGGAAACUUUGACAUUCCAAUAUUUACAGAGGAAUUUCUGGAUCACAAUAAAAUUAGAGAUUCUGAAUUAAGGCAACUGAGAAAAAUCAAUACAGAUUAUGAACAACAAAAUGCAAUCCUUACAAAACACAUUGAGAACAUGAAAACUGCCAUAACCAAACUGGAAACAGAAAUAACACAGCAAGAAAAGACUAAUACAGCUUUAGAACAGCAUUUGGAUCAUCUUCGUGUCUCUUUGUCUAAUUGCUUCAGUGAGGUUAGGUUGCCAGGUAUGAGAGAGACAGCCAGUUUGGAAAACAUAGAAAAUUACAUGAUUAAUUUGCAUACAAUAUUGCUGGAAGACAACAGCAAUGAUAAGAAAUUACUACAAACCGUUAGGGAUAUUGUGGCUAAAAUGGAGUUUAAUGGAUGACCCGCGCCCGUUUUACCCGCCAGGACUUCCAAGAGGAAGCGGAAAAUUAAGAAAUUAACGUGAAAAAUUGACCUUUUAAAUUUGUAUUAUUGUGACAUGGAAUUCUGAUUCUAUAUUGUGUUAAUUUAGUGAUUAAUAAAUAAGUUCAUUGCAUUGUAAAUUAAAUAUUUGAUUAGGAGUG